AUGCGCACUUCUCGCACUUCAAAAGACACGGCGAAGGUGCUGCAGGCCCUCUCGCCCCCUAUCCGACGACAGACGCGUAGCUGCAAUGUCAGCGCUUUGAAAAGUUUCGCCUACAACCCAAACGCGACUCCGACCGUGAAGAUAGAACCAGAAACUGUCUCGGUGACUCCGAGUUGGUCUGCCGUCAAAAGUGAGGAUGAAUCUUCGCUCUCCGAGCUCUCCGAUCUCUCUGAGGCCGACACGGCCGACAUCGAAGACCUCCUUGAACCACCAACGAAGCGCCAAAGGCGCAACGCGAGCCUCAUAACCACACGCGUCCUCAAACAGAGCGCAAGUCCUGGCAAACUACAAAAGGUCAUAGUGAAGGAUGAGCCUGAUCAGAAACCAACACCGGCAAGACGACCCCCUGCCCGAAAGACCCGCGACGAAGAUGGCUCGGUCAAGAUCGAACCCCCGUCCAAUUCGGAGACGAUGUACAAUAUCGUGAAGGAUGAGCCCGAUCAGAAACCAACACCAGCACCCAAACAAAGACGACUCCCCGCCCGAAAAACCCGCGACGAAGAUGGCUCAGUCAAGGUCGAGCCCCCGUCCAACUGGGAGACGAUGUACAACAUCGUGAAAGAAAUGAGGGCAAACAACCCAACUGCACCGGUAGACACAAUGGGCUGCUCAGAGCUAUACUGGCGCGCGUCAUCGCCAAGAGAUCGUCGGUUCCAGACCCUCAUCGCACUGAUGCUCUCAUCCCAGACAAAAGACACAGUCACGGCAGUAGCGAUGCAACGUCUUCACACCGAGCUCGGAGAUGGCAGCUCCCCAGCCCUAGACAUCAAAGUCAAACAAGAGAACGAGGAUUCAAAACCCACCGACAGCACCCUCAACCUAACCAACAUCCUAGCCGUGGACCCAACGCGACUAAACGAAUUAAUCCGCACAGUCGGCUUCCACAACAACAAAACAAAAUACAUCAAAGCUACCGCCCUGAUCUUGCGAGACCAGUACGGCGGGGAUAUCCCCUCGACUCCAGAGGGUCUCAUGGCACUCCCCGGCGUAGGGCCCAAAAUGGCUUACCUCUGUCUGAGCGCGGCAUGGGGUAAACACUUGGGAAUUGGUGUCGAUGUGCAUGUUCAUCGCAUUACCAAUCUCUGGGGUUGGAAUAAAACUAAGACGCCGGAGGAGACGAGGAAGGCGCUGCAGUCGUGGUUGCCACAUGAGAAAUGGCAUGAGAUCAAUAAGUUGCUUGUUGGGCUUGGGCAGACGGUUUGCUUGCCCGUUAAACGUCGCUGCGGGGAUUGUGAUCUGGCGGGUUUGGGACUUUGUAAGAGCGAGAUUCGAGGGCUUGAGCCGACAGUGAAGAAGGUGAAAAGCAGUCCCGCGGUUGAUGAGCCGAAGGUCAAAAUCGAGGCUCUUUGA